AUGGCGGCAUCAGACCCAGAGGCGCAGCCCUGGGGAUUCCUCGUCUAUCGAACUGUCUAUACACCCGAAUCGAAUGCUGUUUGGGACUCUGUUACCUCCAAGCUUGAGAAUUAUCUCAGUAACUCAUCAUCUCCAAGUGGUAUAAAGCGGGGAAAGUGGGCAGCAGCACCACGGCUCUGGUACAUGGAUGAUGCUGCCCUAUACGAUAGCCUCUCCAUAGACCAAGUCCGCGACGACUUCACUAUACAAUUUUUCAAGAACAUUGAGCUAUCUAACCAGGGUGCCUAUGAGGUGUUCUCUCGAGGUGCCCAUGAUACAAUCUGCCUUGUGAUUGAUAAUGAAGUAAUACACUCUAUUAUCGACGCCCCAGAGGAUGUCUCGGAGGCCAAACAACUAUUUAAGCGCCCUACACUCACUCCCAAACGGCCAAUACCCUAUAUAAAGGCAGUUGAUCGCCAUAAGCCCCCAAAACCCAAUCCUCCAAAGCCGUUACACGGCUCAGGCGGCUCACAUGGGCGCGAGAAGCAGUAUCCUGGCUGGAUGAAGGCUGGUCUAUUAUGGGUAGGGGAUGUGUAUCCUCAGGAGGAAAUGGAGAUUGAAUGCCCAGAAUGGGAUCCGAAUUUGGGAGAUGAAUCUUACCCGGUCUAUCAAGGGGUGCCGGCGUCCUUCUUCGAUUAUUAA